CCUCCUAUCUGCUCUUUGCCUACAUAAGGCCACACCCCUCCUCCCAAGCUUCAUUGUUCAGUGCUCUCUCUUCCUCUUUUCAGGUUCCUGAGCUUUUAGAAUAUCAAGAAAACCCCAUUACCAAAUUCACUUUUGAAUCCCAAAAACAAAAAAAUGAGGGAAAUUCUCCACAUUCAAGCUGGUCAGUGUGGUAACCAGAUUGGUGGGAAAUUUUGGGAGGUUGUGUGUGAUGAACAUGGCAUUGAUCCCAGAGGGAACUAUGUUGGUGAUUGUCGUGUUCAGCUUGAGAGGGUUAACGUUUACUACAACGAAGCCAGCGGCGGACGCUACGUGCCUAGAGCAGUACUAAUGGACCUUGAGCCAGGGACUAUGGACAGCUUGCGUACCGGUCCUUAUGGUCAACUGUUUAGACCUGAUAACUUUGUUUUCGGCCAGAAUGGAGCUGGUAACAACUGGGCCAAGGGACAUUAUACAGAAGGAGCUGAGUUGAUUGAUUCCGUUCUUGAUGUUGUCCGUAAAGAGGCUGAGAAUUGUGAUUGCUUACAAGGCUUUCAGAUUUGCCAUUCUCUGGGAGGUGGGACUGGAUCAGGAAUGGGGACACUGCUGAUAUCAAAGAUCAGGGAAGAAUACCCUGAUAGGAUGAUGCUUACUUUCUCAGUCUUUCCCUCACCUAAAGUCUCUGAUACUGUGGUCGAGCCCUACAAUGCGACCCUCUCCGUUCACCAGCUAGUGGAAAAUGCUGAUGAAUGCAUGGUCCUUGACAAUGAAGCUCUCUAUGACAUCUGCUUCAGAACUCUCAAGCUCACGAAUCCCAGCUUUGGUGACUUGAACCAUUUGAUUUCAACCACCAUGAGUGGAGUAACCUGCUGCCUACGCUUCCCUGGCCAACUCAACUCUGAUCUCCGGAAACUAGCUGUGAAUCUAAUCCCAUUCCCGCGCCUACAUUUCUUCAUGGUCGGGUUUGCACCCUUGACCUCCCGUGGCUCGCAACAGUACCGAGCCCUGACAAUCCCUGAACUCACUCAACAAAUGUGGGAUGCCAAAAACAUGAUGUGCGCUGCUGAUCCUCGCCAUGGAAGGUACUUGACUGCCUCAGCUAUGUUCCGAGGCAAAAUGAGCACCAAGGAAGUUGACGAACAAAUGAUCAAUGUGCAAAACAAGAACUCCUCGUAUUUCGUUGAGUGGAUCCCUAACAACGUCAAGUCGAGCGUUUGUGACAUUCCGCCAACUGGGUUAACAAUGUCGUCGACAUUCAUGGGGAAUUCCACGUCCAUUCAGGAGAUGUUUAGGCGUGUCUCGGAGCAAUUCACUGUCAUGUUCAGGAGGAAGGCAUUUUUGCAUUGGUACACAGGGGAAGGAAUGGACGAGAUGGAGUUCACGGAGGCGGAGAGUAACAUGAAUGAUUUGGUAUCGGAGUAUCAGCAGUAUCAAGACGCUGUGGCGGACCAGGAUGGUGAAGAGUACGAGGAGGAAGCAAUGGAAAAUUGAGGGGAUUUUCCUUUUUCUUCUUUUUUUUUUUUUUUUCAAACCUAUAGCCAUGGCCCUGUUUUGUGAUUGUCAUUUGAUGGUUAAUAAGGAGGCCAUGUUUCAAUUGUGUUGGGAAUUUGGUGUCCCUUUUAAGCUUAUGAUUGUGAUUAAUUAUAUGUAAAUUUGGAGUGUAUAUCCUGCGUAUCUUUGAGUGUUCAAUUAUAUAAACUGUUCAUUUUGGCUUCGUGUA